GUCUGCGAGGACGCCGCUCGCCGCUGCCGCCGCCUCCGCUCGCCUCGCCAGGGGGAAAGGGCCGGCUGCGCAAGGUAAAGCAUGGCUGCCAAGGUGGCUCUAACCAAGAGAGCUGAUCCAACUGAGUUGAAAACAAUAUUUUUGAAGUAUGCAAGUGUUGAGAAAAAUGGUGAAUUUUACAUGUCCCCCAGUGACUUUGUCACGCGGUUCCUGAAGAUAAUAGGAGAUGGGGUGCCCAAUCCCAGAACCGUUCAGCUGCUCGGAGGUGUCGUGGAUCAGACAAAAGAUGGGUUGAUAUCCUUUCAAGAAUUUGUAGCAUUUGAAUCUGUCCUCUGUGCUCCAGAUGCACUGUUCAUGGUGGCAUUUCAACUUUUUGACAAAACUGGCAAAGGAGAAGUUACUUUUGAGGAUGUUAAGCAAGUUUUUGGCCAGACCACAAUUCACCAGCAUAUUCCCUUUAACUGGGAUUCAGAGUUUGUGCAGCUGCAUUUUGGAAAAGAUCGGAAAAGGCGCCUAAAUUAUGCAGAGUUCACCCAGUUCUUACUGGAAAUCCAGCUGGAACAUGCAAAACAAGCAUUUGUACAGCGAGAUAAUGCCCAAGCUGGAAGAGUCACUGCCAUUGACUUUAGAGACAUUAUGGUCACAAUCCGGCCUCACAUGUUGACACCUUUCGUUGAAGAAUGUCUAGUAGCUGCUGCUGGAGGAACCACUUCUCAUCAAGUCAGUUUUUCCUAUUUUAAUGGAUUUAAUACCCUUCUUAAUAACAUGGAACUCAUUAGAAAAAUCUACAGUACUCUGGCUGGACAUAGAAAAGACGUGGAAGUUACUAAAGAGGAGUUUGUUCUGGCAGCUCAGAAAUUUGGCCAGGUUACACCCAUGGAAGUUGACAUCUUGUUCCAGUUAGCAGAUUUAUAUGAGCCACGGGGGCGCAUGACGAUGGCUGACAUCGAAAGAAUUGCUCCUCUGGAGGAGGGCACACUGCCCUACAACCUGGCUGAGGCACAGAGACAGCAAGCUCCAAGCGACGUGUCUCGUCCCAUUCUCAUCCAGGUAGCGGAAUCUGCGUACAGGUUUGGCCUUGGCUCCAUUGCUGGAGCUGUUGGAGCCACAGCAGUGUAUCCCAUUGACCUUGUGAAAACCCGGAUGCAGAACCAGCGCUCCACUGGGUCAUUUAUCGGAGAGCUGAUGUACAAGAACAGCUUUGAUUGCUUUAAGAAAGUGCUACGCUAUGAAGGGUUCUUUGGGCUCUACAGAGGUCUUUUGCCACAAUUAUUGGGAGUAGCCCCAGAAAAGGCCAUAAAACUUACUGUAAACGAUUUUAUAAGAGACAAAUUUAUGGCGAGAGAUGGCUCUGUUCCUUUUGCAGCAGAAAUUGUCGCUGGUGGCUGUGCCGGAGCAUCUCAAGUGAUUUUCACAAACCCCCUGGAAAUUGUCAAGAUCCGCUUGCAAGUGGCUGGAGAGAUCACAACGGGUCCACGCGUUAGUGCCCUUACUGUACUGCGGGACCUGGGAUUUUUUGGCCUCUACAAGGGAGCCAAGGCAUGCUUUCUCCGCGACAUCCCCUUCUCUGCCAUUUACUUCCCCUGUUACGCUCACAUGAAAUCUGCUUUUGCAGGUGAAGAUGGGCGGGUGAGCCCUUGGUCGCUGCUUCUAGCUGGAGCAAUAGCUGGAAUGCCUGCCGCUUCCUUAGUGACGCCUGCGGAUGUGGUCAAGACGAGGUUACAGGUGGCAGCCCGUGCAGGACAAACGACCUACAGCGGCGUGAUUGACUGCUUCGGGAAGAUCCUACGAGAGGAAGGCCCCAGGGCAUUUUGGAAAGGAGCUGCAGCUCGUGUAUUUCGGUCGUCUCCUCAGUUUGGAGUAACCCUAGUGACUUACGAGCUUCUGCAAAGAUGGUUCUACAUUGAUUUUGGAGGAACGAAGCCAGCUGGAUCUGAAGCCGUUCUGAAAACAAGGAUCACCUUACCUGCACCAAACCCCGACCACGUGGGGGGCUACAAGUUGGCCGUUGCCACUUUUGCGGGAAUUGAAAACAAAUUUGGACUUUACUUACCUCGAUUUGGGUCUUCACCACCUACCUCAAAGGCAGCGCCUGUCUGAUCACAAGGCAGCGACUUACUUUUACAGAAUGUUGGGAAAGAGCCAUUCAUCUGAUCAGUCUUAAUAACUUCAUUCCUUUAGCUUUCCGGUCUCAACCCAGCAUCGUCUGACCUGCAAGUCUUUCCUCCCACCUGCUCCCCCAUCUUUUAAGUGUGAAUCAUUGGUCUCUGCGCUUCCUUUUAUCGGAUCACUGGGAAAUUCUUGCUAGAGUAGUCUUAUCGGUUUGGGUCCAUGAAUGCAUUUUUGUUCUUUCUUGCACAUACCUGGGAUCGUGAAUGUACUUGGGCAGUAUGCAACUGCCCUUCUUGUUGGGGAGGGUGGUGUAUUCUGGGGAGGGUGGUCCUGUCAUCAUGGCUGCAUGUUGGCUAUUCAUGAGAGAUCGUGGUGCUCAACGCAGAACAAUUUAGACAGCGCGUCUAAGAAUUGGGGACACAUUCCCUUUGCAUCCGUACCAUAGGAUUCAAAAGGUGUCAAUACGAGUGGUACCUGGCUCUUGCCAAGAAUGACUGUAUUUUACAUGGGUACUACAUGCACAAGUUGCAUUCCUGGAUUGUAUUAGGAGGGUUUUAUGGGGAACAUGUUUUUCUAACUGAAACCACAUCGACAAGCGUUUAGCAAUUAUAUUCUGUUCCUGGUAUCAGAAGGCUUGUGGGGUUGGGGGUGGGGAGAGAAAUCUAAUUUUUUCCCAUAGUCUCUGCACUUUAUGGAAGAGCAUCGUACCACAUGAGAUGAAAAUUCAACACCAAAAGGCACGAGCCACCGAGAGGUGUAGCUAUACAUUCUUCAGUGCUAUUUGCCUCGGGGCUCCAGCGCAGCUUUCGUCGACACUAAUGGAGGCUGUGCCCAAGGGGGUCACACCAGGCCUGCAUCAGCAUUUGGAUUCUUGUUUUUUGUGUUGGUGCACAACCUGCUGCUUGUUUAAAUAAAUGCAAUAGAAAAACCCAUGCACUGUAUCAAUGGUAUCUGCCUUAACUGCCAGCUUGUAAUUGACAAAUAUUUGU